AUGAAGCUCUCCCAAAUCCUUACCUUCGCCAGCCUGCUAUCCGGCGCCCUCGCGGCGCCCGGCAAGCCCCACGGCAAGCCCGGCUUUGCCAGCACGUCGGGGCUGCAGUUCUCCAUCGACGGCCAGACGGGCUACUUCGCAGGGUCCAACUCCUACUGGAUCGGCUUCCUGACCAACAAGGCGGACGUGGACAUCGGCUUCAACGACGUGAACACGGUGCCCGGCGAGGGCACGGUGUACUACCAGCUGCACGCGAACGGCAAGUCGACGAUCAACACGGGCGCGAACGGGCUGCAGCGCAUGGACUAUGUGGUCAAGAGCGCCGAGAAGCAUGGCAUCAAGCUGAUCAUCAACUUUGUCAACAACUGGGAUGAUUAUGGGGGGAUGAACGCGUAUGUCAAGGGGUAUGGCGCGGCGGACCACAAUGACUUCUACUCGAAUGCGAAGAUCCAGAAGGCGUACCGCCAGUAUAUCCGGGCGGUGGUCUCGCGGUAUACCAAGUCCGACGCGGUAUUUGCGUGGGAGCUGGCCAACGAGCCGCGCUGCAAGGGAUGCGACACGGACGUGCUGUACGACUGGAUCAAGUCGACGAGCGAGUAUAUCAAGUCGCUGGAUGCGAAGCACAUGGUCUGCAUUGGCGAUGAGGGCUUUGGCCUCGAGACCCUCUCCGACGGCAGCUACCCCUUCACCUACGUCGAAGGCAGCGACUUUGCCCGCAACCUGGCCAUCCCCACCAUCGACUUCGGCACCUUCCACCUCUACCCGGACAGCUGGGGUACCAGCCACGAAUGGGGCAAUCUGUGGACGCAGGCCCACGGCGCCGCGUGCCAGGCGGCCGGCAAGCCCUGCCUGUUCGAGGAGUAUGGCGUGACGUCGGACCACUGCGCGCUGGAGACGCCCUGGCAGAAGACCUCGCUGAACACCACGGGCGUGUCCGCGGAUCUGUACUGGCAGUAUGGCGAUACCCUGAGCUCGGGCCCGUCCCCGAACGAUGGCCACACGGUGUACUAUGGCACCGAUGAUUUCAAGUGCAUGGUGACGGACCAUGUGGCUGCCAUCAAGGCCAAGCAGGGAUGGGUUUGA